AUGCAACGCCCACUCGCAAUCGUGUGCCUGAUGGCCGUGUGCCUGGCCGGCACCGCCCAGGCUCAGAGCUACCCCAGUUUUGUGGCGGCUCUCAACCAGCCCACCUUCAGUCGUCUCAACGCGGUAGUAAGCACCCUGGGCUUAACCCAGACGUUCUCCAACCCCGCCCUGAAGGUCACCGUGUUUGUCCCGACCAACACGGGAUUCAGUGCGGCUGAGAAGGCCACGGGCAUUUCCUUUGCCACCCUGCAGAGCCAGAAGAGCCUGUUGCAGCAGAUUGUGUACUACCACAUCGUCAAACAGGUCGUCAAGGCGCCCCUUCCUGCGGGCCCCCUCCCCACGUUUGUCACGGGCAAGGACCUCAAGGGGGCGGGCAACAAGGUUAUUGGCAUCGGCUCCUCGGCCAACAUCGUGCAGCCCAACGUUCCUUGCGGCCAGGGCAUCGCCCACGCCAUCGACAACGUGCUGCUCUUCCUCUCACUCGGGGGCCGCUGA